CCGAGCCUGGAGGGGGCGGGAGAAAGGUGGAAAGGGCCGUGUCCGGAUCUCUCCUGGUACUCCGUGCACCUUGAACCUCAAAGGGAACCCCGCCGAUGGGUGCAGCUGGAGCCAGGCCUAGGGGUGCCCACGCCAACUUCACACCUAAUCCGGUGUGGCCUUUGCUGGAGGGACGCGUGGAUCCGGGAUUGUUCGGAGGUGCCCGGCUGGCCGAGAACAGGACCGGAGCUCACCCUGCUGGGCCCUCCUGCUGAUUUCAGCCUGGGGCGGGCCAGGGAGGAGCGCGAAGGCAGUGAGGACAAGAGAGCUUAAAAGAUGGGAGGGAGAGCAGCUGGGCGGCGGGGUUGUGGGUGUUUCCCGACUCUUACUGACCACGGAGCCGGGAGCGGCCCGUCGGAUGCCUCCCCCUCCCACUUCGCGCCUGCUUCCUCUAAGGCUGGAUGGCGUCUCAGUGCACCAAGUAGUUUAGCAAGAAGCGCUCGCGGGCCCCACGUUCAGGACCGCACCCCCAGCGCCUCCCCGGACCUGAGCAAGCACUCGCCCCUGGCAUUGCUGGCCGCCACCUGUAGCCGCAUCGGCCAGCCGGGCGCGGCGGCGCCCCCGGACUUCCUGCAGGUGCCCUACGACCCCGCGCUGGGCUCACCCUCCAGGCUCUUCCACCCGUGGACCGCCGACAUGCCGGCGCACUCGCCAGGCGCACUGCCGCCCCCGCAUCCCAGCUUGGGGCUGACGCCGCAGAAGACGCACCUGCAGCCGUCCUUCGGGGCUGCGCACGAGCUUCCCCUCACACCCCCCGCCGACCCCUCGUACCCCUACGAGUUCUCGCCGGUCAAGAUGCUGCCCUCGAGCAUGGCGGCUCUGCCCGCCAGCUGCGCGCCCGCCUACGUGCCCUACGCGGCGCAGGCCGCGCUCCCGCCCAGCUACUCCAACCUGCUGCCUCCGCCGCCGCCACCGCCCCCGCCGCCCACCUGCCGCCAGUUGUCACCCAACCCGGCCCCCGACGACCUCCCGUGGUGGAGCAUCCCGCAGGCGGGCGCCGGGCCGGGGGCCUCCGGGGUUCCGGGAAGCGGCCUCUCCGGCGCCUGUGCCGGGGCCCCCCACGCGCCCCGCUUCCCCGCCUCUGCGGCCGCUGCUGCUGCGGCCGCCGCCGCCCUACAAAGAGGCCUGGUGUUGGGCCCGUCGGACUUUGCGCAGUACCAGAGCCAGAUCGCCGCGCUGCUGCAGACCAAGGCCCCCCUGGCGGCCACGGCCAGGAGGUGCCGCCGCUGCCGCUGUCCCAACUGCCAGGCGGCGGGCGGCGCCCCCGAGGCGGAGCCGGGGAAGAAGAAGCAGCACGUGUGCCACGUGCCGGGCUGCGGCAAGGUGUACGGGAAGACGUCGCACCUGAAGGCGCACCUGCGCUGGCACACGGGCGAGCGACCCUUCGUGUGCAACUGGCUCUUCUGCGGGAAGAGCUUCACGCGCUCGGACGAGCUGCAGCGGCACCUGCGGACUCACACGGGCGAGAAGCGCUUCGCCUGUCCCGAGUGCGGCAAGCGCUUCAUGCGCAGCGACCACCUCGCGAAGCACGUCAAGACUCACCAGAAUAAGAAGCUCAAAGUCGCUGAGGCCGGGGUUAAGCGGGAGGACGCGCGGGACCUGUGAGCCCUCCCGGAGGUGGACCCCCUUCCCAGCACCUCUGCGGGAGAUCCGGGGACCUGUGGGCAGCUGGCGGAGGGGAGACUCAGCAGACGGACCCUCUCCGUUGCCUGCCUCCCAAAAUGGAGCCAGGCUUCCAACUUCCGCUGCCUUCGGACAUAGGGACCCAGUUCCCAGGAGCGGGGAGGUAGGGUUGGGGCUGGGGCAUUUGGAUUAUAAUUGGGAGCUCUGCCUUACGCCAGGGCGGUUCCAAACUCUAAACCGUUCCCACCGUCAGGGAGACCUACAGUUUUGGGGGACCACCCUGGGCUGGCCUUGUAUAUAGGAAAUGCUGCUGAACUGAAGCGAAAGGAACUUGGGAGAUUUGAAACAGUGCUCGGGUUUUCGCUAGGACCGGUUUGGGCGUUGUACAGGUUAUUUAAUAGCUUUGUUAAAGAUAAUUAUAAUAAUUAUAACAUUAAUAAAAAUGUUGCUUUUGUCUUCA